UCUUCCUCUGUUUCCUGUGAGAGCAAGAAUUGAAAUAGGCCAGCUUCCCGCCUGCCUUGUGAAGUUAGUCAUGCCUUCUCUGUGGGCUGCUAUGUCUUCCCUGUGGUGAUGAAAUCCACCCUCCUGGAACUAUUUGCUUGGCGAGCGGCGAUCCUGUGGCUGAGGUUUUGUUUCAGGCUGAUCUUGCGCCUGUGAGAUGGAGCAUGAAUACAGGGAGAUCCUCUUGUUGACCGGCCUGGAGGAAAUCACCGAGAAGGAGCUGGAACGGUUCAAGUACUUUGUCUUGCAUGAGUUUAGGAUCUCUAGGAGCCAACUGAAUGAGACUAAAAACAGGACUGAGUUAGCGGACCUGCUGAUUCAGAGCUCAGGCCCAGCGUUGGCAGUGACGAAGACCAUUUACCUUUUCCGGAAGUUGAAUUACAUGCACGCCGCAAAUUGUCUUCAGGAGCAAAAGAAAAAAGUUGAGAGUCGAUCCAUGACAAAUAGAAAGAAGAAAGGAACGCAGCAAGUAGAAAAAAGAAGUCAAGCUGAAAACUGUUCUGGUGCCUCUGCCACCAGCAGAGGCGAAUCCUCCAAGAAAAACUCUUCUCCAGAAGUCAGUCCUCAAGCUAAGCCUCAGAAGCAGCAGAUCGUGGCAGAGCAGGAAGCUAUCAGAGAAGGUUUACAGAAAGAUCCACUGGCAGUCUUGGUGUUGAAAACAACGAAUCCUUUCAAGUGUGAGACUGAGGAAGACAUAUUCCAUGCAACAGUGGCCAACUUGACCGCAUUUUUCUUCGUAAAAGUUCUAUAUGCACCAUUUAAAGAUAAAUUUAUCCCAAGGAGAACAAUUAAAAUAUCAAACUAUCUUUGGCACAGUAACUUCUUGGAGGUGACCAGCUCCUCAACUGUGGUUGAUGCUGACGCUGACCACAAAGUCUGUGUCCCAAAUAGCAUUAGGCUAAAAGCUGGAAGAACUCCCACAAUUAAGAUGCUGAAGACCCAGCCUUGUGGAACAAUUGUGAAUGGGACGUUUAAAGUCCAGAAGAUAACAGAGCAGCAAAAGGACAGAACACUGUAUGGUGUACAAGACAAAACAGGGGAGAUGGACGUGUUGGUGCUUGGAAACCAGGACAAAAUAAAAUGCGAGAAAGGAGAUAAGCUUAGACUUGUAUUUUUUGAGGUGUCAGAAGAUGGAGAGAAAACACAGUUGAAAUCAGGACCCCACAGCUUCUUUAAGCUUAUUAAGACCUCGAAGCCAAAAACUGAGCAAAAAGAAAAAUGUACAUUGAAGUCAACUCAUCUAAACAACACUUCUUUGAAGGAUUCUAAUACUACUUCUUGAACCAGACUGAGCUACCUGAGGACAGACGUUUACAAGCUCUUCAUCCUAUCCUAUUAGUUCAAAAAGAAGUCAGGACCACGAGGGGUGCACCCACCCACUGAGAUAGUGGGGCUGAUCUAUUGGGAGCUCACCAAGGCCAGCUGGACUAGGACUGAAAAACAUGGGAUAAAAGUGGACUCUGAACAUGGUGGACAAUGAAGGCUGAUAAGAAGCCAAGGACAGUGGCACUGGGUUUUGAUCCUACUGCAUGAACUGGCUUUGUGGAAGCCUAGCCUAUUUGGAUGCUCACCUUCCUAGACUUGGAUGGGGGGGGGGGCUUGGACUUCCCACAAGGCAGGGAACCUUGACUGUUCUUCAGACUGGAGA